AUGUCAUACCCUGAUGUUGCCGCUUUCGAUCUAGAUUACACAGUUUGGCCAUGUUUCUGUGAUACCCAUCUUAAUCCUCCUUUUAAGCCUGUCCCUGGAUCUAAUGGCGAAGUCCAUACGUUAGUCGACGCCUAUGGUUACGAACUUUCCUUCUAUAAGGAUAUUCCCCGCAUUCUGGCAGAUCUCAAGUCACAUGGAGUUAAGAUUGUGUCAGCAUCCAGAACUUGGGCUCCAGAAAUUGCUCGGGAUCUAUUGAAAGGUUUCAUGGUACAAUACGAAGGAAAAAUAGUUCCUAUGAUAUCUCUUUUUGAUUCUUUACAAUGGGGCGAGAUGAGUAAGGUAAAUCACAUAAGGAAAGGUAUUAAGGACAUUUAUGGUAGCAACGCUGAUAUCAAGAACUAUAAAAUUUGUUUGUUUGAUGAUGAAACUAGAAACAAAGACGUCGAAAGAUACGGCGUAAAAUACGUCCAUGUCAAAGAUCCAGAAAACGGGACGACUUGGAAACUUUACGAGAAAUACCUUAAUGGGAAUUUGUAA